UGCCUCGACACUGACCUCUUUUUCUCCCUUCACAUCCAUCCAUCUCUCCCUUCACCACCCUCUCCUCUUGCAUUUACUCUUAUCAUAGAGUUCUUGCAACCGUUUUUUCUCUGUUCUAAUAGACCGCCGGUUAGAGCAAGAAUUGCCUACGAGCGCAGUCCGUGGGCACCAAUUCACCCACAGACCGCUGUUUCUCAGCGCCCUCAUUGAAAAAUCCGAUCUUGAAAAAGGUCGACCCUUAAUCCUUUCCUUACCACCCUUCGAACCUCGAAUCGAAAGUUUGCUGCGAAAUGCCAGCAGUCGACAACAUGACUUCCACACCAGUAUCCUCCGCAAAGGAGACCAAGCAGUCCCUCGCCACCCUUGAGCAGAUGUUGCAAAAAUUGUCCGUGAGCAAGACUCAAGAUGAGGCAAAUGAAUCCGCCAACAACCUCGCCACUCUCCUGAACGGCCCCAUUGAGGAGCACGCUGUGCCCCAGAAGGCAUUGGAAACCUUCAAGAAGCAACUUGCCAACAAGAAGGAUGCUCUCGUCAGAGAGCGUGCCGUUGAGGGCAUCAAGGCCAUUGCCGCGCACUCCACCAUUUCACCUGCGGUCGAGCCAUAUCUGAUUUCCUUCCUCCCGCUCACCCUUGCCGCCGUCGGUGACAAGAUGGUCUCUGUCAAGAACGCUGCGCAGGCCGCAUCCCAAGCCAUCGUCCGAGCCAUCAACCCCAAUGCCGUCCGGGCCGCCCUUCCUCACAUCCGAAGUUCCAUCAUCACUGCCCAGAAAUGGCCAGAAAAGAUGAACGGCCUCGACUGCAUCGAGACAUUGGUCGAAACCGCGCCUACCCAACUUGCUUUCCUCGUUCCUACGCUGCUUCCGAUCGUUUCCGAGUCGAUGUGGGAUACUAAGCCCGAAGUCAAGAAGAAGGCAUACGGCACUAUGGAAAAGAUCUGCAAGUUGAUUGAAAACAAGGAUAUCGAAAGAUUCAUCCCCGAGCUGAUCAAGUGUAUCGCUAAGCCUGAGAACGUUCCUGAAACCGUUCACUUGCUUGGUGCUACCACCUUUGUCACCGAUGUCCAUGAGCCUACACUGGCAAUUAUGGUUCCCCUGCUUGAGCGUGGUCUGGCUGAGCGUGAGACCGCCGUUCGAAGAAAGGCUGCUGUCAUUGUCGACAACAUGUGUAAACUUGUCGAGGAUCCCCAGAUUGUUGCCGCUUUCUUGCCCAAACUGAUGCCUGCUCUUACCAAGAACUUCGAGACCAUGGCCGACCCUGAGGCACGUGAGAAGACCAAACAAGGUCUUGACACUCUUUCACGUGUUGGUGCUGUUAAGGAAGAUGGCAGCUUCCCUGAGGUUUCUAAGGCCGGUGAGAUUUCCACCGUGUCCGAGAUCCUCAAGUCCAUCCUUGAGCAGAAGCACAAGGACGCAAUUGCCAAGUCUGAGCAAGUUAUUGAGUACGUCUCCGCCAUUGCCGGUCAGUUAAUCGACGAAAAGGCCACAGAAGCCAUCGAGUGGGUUACCAACACCCAGGAGUUCCUCAAGACUAUUGUUGGCGAGACUGAUGCAGCGGCUGUUGCCGACUCACUCCGCAAGCGUGCCUCUCCAGGUAUCGAGGAAGAGGCCGAGGCUGAACCUGAUGACGAAGAGGGCGAGGAUCUCUGCAAUUGCACAUUCAACUUGGCCUACGGUGCUAAGAUUCUCCUCAACCAAACUCACCUCCGUCUAAAGCGUGGUCAGCGAUAUGGUCUUCUGGGACCCAACGGUUCCGGCAAAUCCACUCUCAUGCGUGCCAUCAACAACGAACAGGUCGAAGGUUUCCCCAAGAAGAGCGAGGUCAAGACCGUCUUCGUCGAGCACGACCUUGACGCCGCCGAUACCGAGCUUACCGUCAUCGGCUGGACCAUGAUGAAAUUGAAGCAAGUCGGUAUUGAGACGUCAAAAGAUGACAUCGAGAAGCAGCUCCUUGAGUUUGGUUUCCUUCAAUCACAAUUCGAAGGUCUGAUCACCUCACUCUCUGGCGGUUGGAAGAUGAAGCUUGCCCUUGCCCGUGCCGUGUUCGAGAAUCCGGAUAUCCUGCUGCUUGACGAGCCUACCAACCAUCUGGACGUCAAGAACGUGGCUUGGCUCGAGGACUACCUCAAGAACUCUCCGUGCACUUCUAUCAUUGUCUCUCACGACUCCAAGUUCUUGAACAACGUCAUCCAGCACGUUAUUCACUACGAGCGUUUCAAGCUCCGCCGAUACCGUGGUAACCUGACCGAGUUCGCCAAGAGAGUGCCAUCUGCUCGGUCCUACUUUGAGCUUGGUGCUUCUGAGAUGGAAUUCAAAUUCCCCGAGCCUGGUUUCCUCGAGGGUGUCAAGACCAAGGCCAAGGCCAUCGUCCGUGUCAGCAAAAUGACCUUCCAAUAUCCAGGUACCGACAAACCUCAGAUUCAGGAUAUUACCUUCCAGGUCUCUCUUGGUUCUCGUAUUGCCGUCAUUGGCCCCAAUGGUGCCGGCAAAUCUACCCUGGUCAACGUUCUCACUGGUGAAUUGAUCCCCACGCAGGGUGAGGUCUACCAGCAUGAGAACAUCCGUAUUGCUUACAUCAAGCAACACGCUUUCGCUCACAUCGAUAACCAUUUGGACAAGACUCCAUCCGAGUACAUCCAAUGGCGUUUCCAGACUGGUGAAGAUCGUGAGACCAUGGAUCGUGCCAACAAGAUCGUCACUGAGGAUGAUGAAAAGGCCAUGGACAAGAUCUUCAGGGUUGAAGGAACCCAACGUCGUGUCAUUGGUAUCUCCUCCCGAAGAAAGUUCAAGAACUCCUAUGAGUACGAGUGCUCGUUCGCCCUUGGUGAAAACGUCGGCAUGAAGAACGAGAAGUGGACGCCUAUGAUGACUGCGGACAAUGCCUGGCUUCCUCGAAACGAGCUUCUGGCUUCUCAUCAAAAGAUGGUCGCAGAUGUUGAUCAGAAGGAGGCUCUCGCCAGCGGUCAAUUCCGACCCCUGGUCCGUCGCGAAAUCGAGCAACACGGUGCCAACUUCGGUCUCGAUACCGAACUCAUCUCCCACUCCCGGAUGCGUGGUCUCUCUGGUGGUCAACGUGUCAAGGUCGUGCUUGCUGCUUGCACGUGGCAACGUCCUCAUUUGAUUGUCCUGGACGAGCCUACCAACUACCUCGACCGUGACUCCCUCGGUGCUCUGUCCAAGGCUCUCAAGACCUUCGAGGGUGGUGUCGUCAUCAUCUCUCACAACGCUGAGUUCACUGAGAGCUUGACCAACGAAGUUUGGUCUGUCGUGAGCGGCCGAAUGACGCCAUCUGGACAUAACUGGGUUACCGGACAAGGUGCUGGUCCUCGUCUAACCGACAAGGGAGACGAUGAGGAAGACAAGUUUGAUGCCAUGGGUAACAAGAUUGAAGGCAACAAGAAGGCCAAGAAGUUGACAUCGUCUGAGCUCAGAAAGAAGAAGAAGGACCGUAUGGCUCGCCGCAAGAGAGGUGAAGAAGUGUUCUCCGAUGAGGACGACUGAGCGACAGACAUCCAGACCUUUUCACGCAAUCACGGCUUCGAAGAUGCAUUCACCGGCGUUUAUUACGACAUGAUAUUCCUGGGCAAGUGUAUUCGGCAAUGUUUUUUUGAAAUGCUUUGAGUUGUCUUUCGACUAUUCAGGUCCAAAGAACAAAAGAAAAGAAUGGCGAUAGAGAGUCGUUGCAUGAUAUCCUUGACGAUAGACUAAGAGAGUCGAUUGAGACGAUCAGCCAUCCAUAGAUAGUGGCAUGUUGCCGAAUGCAAAAAUGUUGAACAAAGAUUGAACAGUAUUGUUUUCUUACAUGGA